CAAUUCAAAUUACAAUGAAGUCCAUGGCAGUAAUAUUGAUAAUCCUCUCCAUUGUUCUCGUCUCUUUCCAUGGAGGUGAAAGUUUAACAAAGGUAUGCCAGGAAGACAAUCCUUCACCACCAUUGUCACGUUCUCUUUGCAAUCAACCAGAAUGUGAGCAUCAUUGUGCCUUAAGACAUCCAAAAACAAAGGCUUGGGGCAAGUGCAAAUUCAACGAUGAUCGCUUUGUUUGCGAAUGUUGUUAUCUUUGUGAUCAUCACAGUCUUGAGGCUCCAUCUUAUAAUGCUCGCAAACUCUCCUAUGCUCCUUCAUAUUAGGUUCUUUUGGAUUUCUAUUAUCUCAUGCUUUCUGGGUUUUGGGGUUAAUUUUAUCAGAUGUCUUCAAAUUAUUUCCCAAUAUUAAUAUUCUAUAAAUAAAGUUUAUUUGUAA